AUGGCUGUCACAAAGCACGUCUGGUUGGACACCGAUUGCGGCAUCGACGACGCUCUGGCUCUGAUGAUCCUCGGACUCUCCACGACUGUCCAGCUCGUCGGGGUCUCGUGUACUUACGGCAACAACAAGCGCAGCGCCGUGGAGCGCAAUGUUACACGAGUCCUGAACAUCAUAAGGGAGUCGUGCAGACAGCGUGGCGUGAAAUUUACCAUGCCAGUCCUGUGUAGGGGUCCUUUGGACUCGGCAUCCGACUUGGCCUUUCUCAAGACUGGAAAAGGAGAGCGAGGCAAGUCGAAUGAUGAAAACUGGCAUGGGAAUGAUGGUCUCGGUGAUGCCGACUUCAGUAUUCAUAUGAGUUCUGAGGAGAGGAGGAUAAUAGACACCCCCAUUCCGUUUUCUGACGAGGCUCCUUCUGUCCUCAUCAAGAGGGCGUGCGUCACCGCCAAGCAGGCAACGGGGAAGAACCUCUCCGUAGUUGCUAUUGGUCCCUUCACGAGUCUCAUGAGCAUCAUCCAUCUUCAUGCCGAGAUUGACCUCUACAUCAUGGGAGCUGGGUUCUAUCCUGCUUUCAAGGCGUAUUCGCAAAAUAAAUUCACAGCUGGGAAGAUAAAGCAAUACGAAGACAGUGGGAUGACGGGGCUUCUCCAGGGCAACAUGCCUGAAUGCGGUAUGCCUCACGCGGAGCACAACAUUGGGUGCGACCCCGUGGCGGCCCAGGUGAUGUUCAACAGCUUCGAUAACAUUCGCGUCGUUGAUUGGACACUCACUCUUGUGGCCUCCGUCAGCAUAGCGGAGAUGGACGAGCUCAAUUCGAAGUCUCUCGUCGGGCGCUUCCACCGAUCCAUCUCAAAGCACAUGGAGGACAUGACUCGCAAGCACGGAGGCGACUACUUCGCCCUCUGUGACCCACUUGCCGCAAUGGUCUGCUGUAACGAGGCAAUCAUCGAAGAAGAGAUGCGCGGGUCUGUGGAGGUCGUCCUGGAAGACACGCCUCACUUCGGGGAAACCGUCUUUCGCAAGAAUGACAAGGGCAAUACAAGGGCUAUCUUUGCCGUCAGCAGAGACGCAGUCAUGGAGACCCUUCGCUACACCCUAACGAAAUAG